AUGUCAGUUGGGCUUGGACUUUCGUUUGUCGAGAGUGCUGGGCAGCAGCAGCCUCAGCAGCAGGCUCUGCCCAUUCAGUCUGCCAGCUCUCCAUCUGUUGACAGCAACCUGCUGACUGCUCUCGCAACCUACAUUACCACCGGCCUCGAUGCUAGUAGCACAACUGAACGGGAGGUCCAGGAGCUCGCUACCCAGGCCAUCUCCACCCCCGGUGGCAGGGCUCAUCUCGAGUCCAUCCUUCAGUCUAGCGACUCCAUCGGCCACAAAGCCUGGAAGAACAAGGAGGAUGCCAACGGAACGAUCACGGUGACCAAGACUACCAUUGAGAUAGCCCUUGGUGUCCCUAACAUCAAGAGAUCGUUCACUGGCAAGGGAUAUGGUAUCUUCGUCCCUGGUAAAGCGGCUAUCCCAAUUGGAACCUUCUAUUACCAGGACUUCAACCAGUUGGGCGACGGAGCUGUAAGCUAUGAACUGCACGUCAAGGGCCUCGAUGUCUACAUCAAGGUGUACCGCCAGCAGCAGCAUAUCGCCACCUUCUGGUUCGCGAACAUCCCCAUCGUCUUCCCCCCCGUCACCGUUCAUCUCACCGGUAGUAUCUCUACCACUGAGUAG